AUGGCAAGACUCGUAAGGCAUACUCCGGUCACCUCGACUGGCAGGCCCCAUAUCAACGAAGGAGACAUUGCGCCUAACAGUAUCGCUGCCGCCGGGAUCAAGGCCAUGGCAAUGAAAUUUCCCGGCCAGACGAGAAGUCCAUGGAUCCAGGCGGGUUGUAUGACGUUUGAAAUAUCGUCGGUUGAUUUGCUUUCAGAAAUAGAAGAAUAA